AUGGUCUCGUGGUGGUACUGGGGAUCCUACUCGAUUCCGUUUGCCCUGGGCAACUGUCUUUGGGCGAUAGUGUUUGUCGAAUACUGGAAGAUUCGUGAGACAGAUCUCGCUCUUCGCUGGCAGGUCAAGGGAGUCGGCGCUCUCAAGGUGACCAGGGCCAAGUACGUUUGGGACAAGGAGAUUCGAGACCCCAACACUGGCGAGAUGGUCCAGUACUUCUCCCCGUACCGACAAUUCAUCCGGCAGCUGCUGCUGGUCCCCUUUGCCUUGGUGGCCAGCCUGGCACUCGGCGGGCUGAUUGUGGUGACGUUUGCGCUGGAGGUCUUCAUCUCGGAAGUGUACACGGGCUCGUUGAAGGGUUACCUCGAGUUUCUCCCGACCGUCAUCUUCUCGCUGUGUCUGCCAUCCAUCAGCGGUCUCCUGACGAGCAUCGCGACCAGGUUGACCAAGUACGAAAACUACCGGACUCAAGAUCAGUACGACCUGGCGCAGACGACGAAGCAGUUUGUGAUGCACUUCAUCACUGCCUUCCUGCCAACGCUGCUCACGGCCUACGCCUAUGUGCCCUUUGGAGCGAAGCUCAUACCUCAUAUGAGCCUUCGAGGCGAAUCUGCCAAUCUCACACACGAUUUCCACAUCGAUCCCGGGCGGCUCAAGCAGGAGGUCAUUUAUCUCUCUUUGACAGGCCAGGUGCUGAGUUUUGGCGAGGAGAUUGUGCUGCCGUAUAUCAAGCGAAUCGCACUGCAGAAGUGGCGAGAAUAUCGCAAGCAGCACGCGACAGCUCAGCACCGGCGCCAGGUCUCGCAGGCCACGAGUCAAGUCCUGCUCGACGACCCCGACGAGAGCGCCUUCCUCGCCCGAGUCCGCAACGAGGCCGAGGCCGACGAGUACAACGUACACGAGGAUACGCUGGAGAUGUGUGUGCAGUUUGGCUAUCUCACGCUGUUUGGCGCAUCGUGGCCGCUGGUCGCGCUUGGGUUUCUCGUCAACAACUGGCUUGAGCUGCGUGGGGACUUUUUCAAACUCAGCCUCGAGUGCCAGCGACCGCCCCCGAUCCGCGCGGACUCGAUUGGGCCGUCUCUACAGGGCUUGGAGGUGCUGAGCUGGUUAGGCGCGCUGUCGACCGCGGCGAUUGUGUACCUCUACCGCGACGGGAUGGUCGAGAUUCGCGUCUCGUCGCUGCUGCUGACGCUGCUGCUCGCUGAAUGGGCAUAUCUAGCGAUGCGAUUUGCGGUGAGCACCGGUCUACGCAAGAUCCUGAGCGGCACACUACAACGCGAGGCGGCCAAGCGGUAUGCAAUGCGCAAGAAGUACUUUCAAACAACAGCGAGCGAAGGCAGCCCGCCACGAGGAAAGCUACGAGUGAGAUUCCGCGACCGAGUCAGUGUCUACACUAGUGCGACCGAUCCACCCUCCCCGCAAUCCGACGAGAUGCUCCAUGAGGCGACCCUGGAUUCCGAGCGGCGCUUCUGGUCGGGGGCCAGUAGUGUGUUGGACGAUGGGGUCCGCAUCAUCAGGGCCCUGGGCAAGACGAGCCAAAAGGCAGAAAAGGAACUGUAA